UUAAAAAGAUAAAUUAACAAACUAAUCAAAAAUGUUUGAGGCUAGACUUGUACAAGGUUCUCUUUUAAAGAAAGUUCUUGAGGCAGUCAAGGAUUUGCUCUCAGAAGCACCAUGGGACUGUAGUUCAACAGGAAUAAGUUUACAAGCUAUGGAUUCAUCACAUGUUAGUUUAGUUUCUUUAUUAUUACGUGCAGAUGGCUUUGAUACUUACAGAUGUGAUCGCAACUUGUCAAUGGGCAUCAACCUCAACAGCAUGUCCAAGAUCCUCAAAUGUGCCUGCAAUGAUGAUAUAAUCACAGUGAAAGCUGAAGAUAAUGCUGAUACAGUCACUUUCGUUUUUGAAUCUCCAAAUCAAGAAAAAGUCUCUGAUUAUGAAAUUAAAUUGAUGGACAUUGAUUCUGAACAUUUAGGUAUUCCUGAUACUGAGUACAACUGUGUUGUAAAACUUCCUUCAGCUGAAUUCCAAAGAAUAUGUCGAGAUUUGAGCCAAAUUGGUGAUUCUGUUGUGAUUUGUUGUACAAAAGAAGGAGUUAAAUUCUCAGCCAGUGGUGAUCUUGGAUGUGGUAACAUCAAGUUAGCCCAAAGUACCAAUGCUGAUAAAGAGGAAGAGUCUGUCACUAUUGAAAUGAACCAGUCUGUUGUACUGACAUUUGCUCUGCGAUAUUUGAAUUUCUUCACCAAAGCUACACCAUUGUCUACUCAUGUUACACUCUCCAUGUCACAAGACGUUCCACUUGUGGUGGAAUACAAAAUAGCUGAUACAGGUUACAUCCGAUAUUAUCUGGCACCAAAGAUUGAAGAUCAAGAAGACAACUGAAUAUAAAACAGUUUCUGGAAGAAAAUUCUAUAGAAAAAUGCUUUAACAACUAAUGAAGCAACCUGAACUUGUUCUAGCCACAAGUUAUUGAAGACCUUUUCUCUGACUAUUUUAGUAAUUAAUCACUUAAGCACUAAUUCGUCCAUUAUUACUUUCUCUCACUACUUUCAUAUGUAUAUAGUGUCUUUUUACCUAUUGAACAAUAGGGUAUGCACAGUUUGUUUUUAAUGAAUUAGGGUUGUCAACAAUACAAACCUCUAAUUUGGUCUCCUCCCCUUAGAGAUUCGUUUGUGGCAUUGUUCAUUAUGGGGGCUUGUUAGUGGGUGUAAUUAAGUUCAGCAUGCGUUAUCCUGCCCUAGCCUGAAAAAGGUGGGUGGUUAAGAAUUACAAAGUCAAUAUCUUAAUGAAAAUUUGUUUUUAUCCUGCUAAUCGUGAUAAACUACCAUUCAGUCUUCAGACUAAGAACACUUAAAAGGAAAUCAUUAUUAUUAAGGUGAUGGGCUAGAAAAAUUGUUAGUAUUGGUCAAAGUACUUAGUGGCAUUUUUUUCUGGUUCUUUACAUUCAAAUUCCAGAGGUCAACUUAACCUUUCAUCCUUUUGGGGUCAAUACAUUUUAGGACCAGUAAAAUACUGGAAUCAAUGUAACUGAGUUGCCUUCCCCUCAAAAUUGCUAGCCUUGUUCCAAAAUUAGAAUUAUUGCUAUAAGAGUGGCAGGUUGAUAAAACAGCAGUGUUGAGACUAAAUUUAGUCUUUAGUUCUAUUUUAACUCUGCAUUGGCUGAUGAGAUUAGUACCAGUUAUAUACUGAGGUGAUUUGUACUUGAUUCUAAUGUGAUUGGCUUGUCAUCAACAAACCAGUUGUGAUCUUGUUUUGGUUUGUCAAGUUGCGGGAUGUUUCAUUUUUAACUGGAGAAGAUGUUUUAAUCUUGUCCCAGUCUUUUAUUACUGCCAAUCCUACUCAUCAAAAUAUAGGUUCUCCCUUCCACAAAAUUGACCCUGGAACAUAACCUUUCAUAAAUAUUCAGUUUUUGUGUGUUUGAUUCAAACUACAUACAUUCAAAGUAGAGUAGAAGCCUUAUGGAAUUGAGGAAUUCUCCCACAUGAUAAAAAAAACAAAAAACUUUUACAAAACUCAUGCAAAUAAAAAAUAUCUACUUUUU